CCAACGACGCCGCUGUGUGAACAUGUGCUCGGGGGCUCCUUCGGGUGUCGACAGGGCCAAAGAGAGGUCUCCGGAAGUCGUCGCCAGUACGAUGAAAUGCUGCAUGUCAUUCAACAGCUGAAGGAACAGCUACUCGCAGCAGUUAACAAAGAAGGAGAGGUUACAGACGAAGACGCCGUGCUUCGUGUCAUCACCGCUCUCGAGAAGAUGCCUGUGAUGCCAGAGAUAUUGGAGGUCACUCGAAUUGGUAAACAUGUCAACGAACUCAGAAAGAAGGUGAAAGACAAACAGCUCGCGCGGCAAGCAAAAAAGCUAAUUCACAGAUGGCAGAAACUUGUGACGGGCAGUUCAGAAGCGAGCUCCGGUGGAUCUACCCCGAAUGGCCACAUAAAGUCUCUCGCUGCAAAAAGCAGUGAGGUGACAGCACGCCUGUUAGGGAUAGAUAAGGUACAAAGAGAUUCGCCACUGGCAUCGUCGCAAGGCGACCAAUAUUCGGACACUUCUGCGAUGGAGGGUAGCUCGCAGUCGUUGAAUGAUAUGGAGUUGACAUCUGAUGUUUCGCAAGCACUUGAGGUGCUCGAGGUGAAUUUGGAUCCGCCGAUGUUUGAUCGACAACGGAGUGGAGUCGACGGACUCGACUGUGUCGGACAUUUCUUCGAUUGGACGGCGAAGAUGCCACUGAAAGGCAGCGGAGAUGGUGUUAUACAACCAUAUGUUCACUUGGAGUACUAAAUUAUUGUUGCAGUUGUAGAGACAGAGUAUACAGUUUGUAUGCAGAAUGUGUCAACUAAUGGUGGUUUUGAUAGAAAUACGAAUAUGAUCAGCAUAGUUAAAAUGAUA